CCCGUGCUGCCCGUGGCGGCGGCGGCCGAGCUGCCCGCCCUGCCCGGGGGCCCGGCGGGCGGCGGCGCCGGCGAGCUGGCCAAGUACGGGCUGCCCGGGCUGGUGCAGCUCAAGAGCCGCGAGUCGUACGUGCUGUGCUACGACCCGCGCACCCGCGGCGCGCUCUGGGUGGUCGAGCAGCUGCGGCCCGAGCGGCUCCGCGGCGACGGCGACCGCCGCGCGUGCGACUUCCGCGAGGACGACUCGGUGCACGCCUACCACCGCGCCACCAACGCCGACUACCGCGGCAGCGGCUUCGACCGCGGCCACCUCGCCGCCGCCGCCAACCACCGCUGGAGCCAGAAGGCCAUGGACGACACCUUCUACCUGAGCAACGUCGCGCCCCAGGUGCCCCACCUCAACCAGAACGCCUGGAACAACCUGGAGAAGUACAGCCGCAGCCUGACCCGCACCUACCAGAACGUCUAUGUCUGCACGGGGCCACUCUUCCUGCCCAGGACUGAGGCUGACGGGAAGUCCUACGUGAAGUACCAGGUCAUUGGCAAGAACCACGUGGCGGUGCCCACCCACUUCUUCAAGGUGCUGAUCCUGGAGGCAGCAGGCGGGCAAAUCGAACUCCGCUCCUAUGUGAUGCCCAACGCUCCCGUGGAUGAGGCCAUCCCCCUGGAGCGCUUCCUGGUGCCCAUCGAGAGCAUCGAGCGGGCCUCGGGGCUGCUCUUUGUGCCAAACAUACUGGCAAGGGCGGGCAGAGUCAAGGCCAUCACUGCAGGCAGCAAGUGAGGAUGGCGGCACAGCCAGACUGUGGGGCUUGGGGGCUGGGUCAGAUUAAAGGUGGUUAUUUUUGGA